AUGCGAUUCAAGGCUGCAAUCACAUGUGAAAUUGUGCUAAAUUCACCCAUCGGUCCCUACAUCGCCAAAUUAAGAUCUUGUCUAGGCUCUCAAAACCCGCUCACAACGACUAUGACCUCUGUCAGUUUGGAAAUGAACAUUUAUGGUCCAGUCAGGGUCGUACCAAACGGCAGACAGGCCUGGAUGAUCGGGCUUGGCUCUAAUCUCCCCAACCUGUUGCCAGCGCCGAGACGCCUCCUCUUGAGUCGGUGUGAACCCUCGAACUCGGUCGUCGAGUCGUGGGGUACAGGCGACCUUUGUCCAACAGGAUGUCGGGCAUAA